AAUGAGUAUGUUUUUAGCGACCUAAAUAUAUUCGUCGCUAACUUAUUGAAAAACAGCGUCGACCUCUUUUUCAAUGAAUGCAAUGCAAACAGAAACUUGUGCGGCCCAAAUCUUUAUGAAACUCACUUCAGCCCCUCAACGUCAUCAUCUUCUGCUAGUCCAGUCCAUCAAUCAAAAGCAACUAUCUCGCUUCGCAAACGUCGCCGUUUUCGAAACAAAGCUUACAACCCCACACAGAUAGAGCCGAGAAAAACUGAAGAGGUAUUAGUGCCUGGACGUGGACGAGGACAGGGAUGGAUUAAUAAGUAAGAAAGGAAGAGCGCCAGAAAGAGAGUGAUAUCAUUAUCGUGUUUGGGAGGCCCAAGCAAGACAUUCUUUAAGCAGUAAUGAACAAAAAAGGUUUAGCCAUUUUAAUGCGAACUAGAAUGCGACCUUCCAACGAUCCUACCUCACCUCUCAAUAACAAGAACAAGGUCGAUCAAAUGAUAACCAAUUCCCAAGGUACCCAAUUUGGUUCUACUGUUUCUCAACAUGCUGCACAGGAAGGAGCUAAAAUGGUCAAUACUUUUACUUCCAAAGAGAGGGACUUUGAUUCUGUCCGUGCUUCUAUGCAUUCAGCCAUUUCAUUGAAUAAAACUGACGUUCUUGAUGCGGUGCUUAAUGAUUUCGCUGAGGGUUAUCUAAGCUUUUCUCUUGAAAAUCGCCGCAAAUUAUUGUUUAUGCUUGCCAAAGUCUAUGAUCUCAACAGGGCUCAAGUUCAUGACCUCAUCAAACAAUAUCUUGGACUUGAACCUCCUUGUUGUGUUGCUGGUGAAACUGAAUCCGAUAGUGUUGAAGCCGAAGCUACUCUUUCUUCUUUCUAUCGCAUUGAACGGAAUUUGAGACAAGCUCUUAAGCCUACAUAUGAUGUCCUUUUUGAACGUCUCAACAAUCAUCCUGGGGGAUUGAAGUUCUUAUCCAUUAUUCGAGCUGACAUUGUCUCUCUUCUCGCAGAAGAGAAUGCUGCAUGUUUGCGGGCACUAGAUUCCUACUUAAAGGAAAAACUCAGUACUUGGCUUAGUCCUGCUGCAUUGGAACUUCACCAGAUUACAUGGGAUGAUCCUGCUUCUUUGCUGGAGAAAAUUGUGGCUUAUGAGGCUGUACAUCCGAUCUGCAAUCUCUUAGAUCUUAAAAGAAGGUUGGGUGUUGGUCGUCGUUGUUUCGGAUAUUUACAUCCAGCAAUACCUGGUGAGCCCCUUAUUUUCAUAGAAGUUGCCCUUCUAAAGAAUGUGGCUCAGACAAUACAGGAAGUUUUAUGGGAUAAUCCUCCUAUACCUGAACCUGAUGCAACUUGCGCACUAUUUUAUUCUAUAUCGUCAACUCAGCCUGGCUUGGCAGGGAUCAACCUGGGAAAGUUUCUUAUCAAACGUGUCAUUACGCUGGUGAAAAGAGAUAUGCCACAUAUAUCUAUAUUUGCAACAUUAAGCCCGAUUCCUGGAUUCUUGCGAUGGCUGCUAUCUAAGUUGGCAUCUCAGUCAAUCCUUGCUGAAGUGGAGAACAUGUCACAAUCAUCUUCAACUGGAUCAGUUUCUGCGUUUAGGGAGAACAUCCUUGAGCCAGAUGAAGAAAGAUCACUUAUGAAUUGUUGUCAGGAGGCUUUUCCUGGAAAAAAUGGCAUGGAAGUGAUGUUAAAGUUGUUGACAUCAACAAAACAUGAAUGGACCAACUCAGCUGAAUUGCUUUCAGCACUGAAGCCCCCUCUGAUGCGACUAUGUGCCAGGUACCUUCUACAAGAGAAAAAGAGAGGAAAAGCUCUGGAUUCUGUUGCAAAUUUUCACUUGCAAAAUGGAGCGAUGGUUGAAAGAAUAAAUUGGAUGGCAGACCGCUCGGAGAAAGGCCUUCAGCAAAGUGGAGGUAUCAUGGUGAACUAUGUUUACAGGGUUCAUAAAAUUGAAGAAUAUUCUGAGUCAUAUUUCAGUGCAGGGCAUAUACAUGCUUCAAAUGGCAUCUGCCGAUACAAUAUCCCAUGGAAGGAGCCUGAAGUAAUAAUAGUUUAGGCUUGCGCAUGGAUCAAUCAAGUACAUAAUUUUGAUUCCAAUUUAGGCGGACCUUGCGCAUUUAAUCAUUAAGUUGCAUAUGUACAGAGGGCAGCUGAUGUCCUGAUUAUGCUUUUGUCUAAUAAGCCUUUUGCUCAAGAAUCAAGAUUUGAUGAAAGCCAUCUUUGCCGGUGCUUUUGGGAGUCGAGUUUCUAUAAAUUCGUAUCUUAUAUUUUCUCAAUUUUUUCUAAUAAGGAUAUCUUUUGUAGGAUACGGAUUGUACUUUUGCUAUGCAUUAUGGUAAAAGGUCAUGAAUGUAGAGUAAGUGAGAUGGUAUGGAAUUUUCUA